CCCCUGCCCUGCAGCCGCCCCAGCGCUCCCUUUGUUGGUGCUUCCCAUUUCCUCCCCAUCUUUUCCUUUCUCUCCGGCAGUUUUGGUUUAAUUCCGGCUGCUGGAGGGCUCGGGUGGGUUUUUCCCCCCUUUUUUUUCCCCCUCCAUCCUCCAUCACAUUUUAACUCAGCCUCGACCCGCCGCUGCUUGGGCCCGGGGGGUGCGAUUCCCUCCUUGGAGAGAAAUCCGUAAGUCUGCCCCAAGUUUUGCAAUUCCUGGGAGAAGCAGCCGCCGCCGUCCCCGACAACCUGCAGCCAGCCCGGCCGUCGCUCCCGCAGCGCCCUGGGAAAAUCCAGCGCCGCGUCCAAAACCCUAACCCAGACCGCAAGGUGAGGGAGAGGAGGACGAGGCACGGCUUCGGAUGGAGCUGGAGAAUAUUCCCGAGAAAGCCCCGCAGGUCCUGCUAGCGAGUCAUGAUGGUUGAAUCAGCCUCGGAGACGAUCCGCUCCACGCCCUCGGCGCAGAACGGGGUGAGCAGCCUGAGCAAUCAGCCCGAUGGCGGCGGCGGCGGCGGCAGCGGGGGCGGCCCCGGGGGCGGCGGCCGCGACGGAGCCGCCGGAGCCGAGGCCAACGGAGAGAUGAGCCCCGUGGAGCUCCUGCACUUCCAGCAGCAGCAGGCUCUGCAGGUGGCUCGGCAGUUCCUGCUGCAGCAGGCCACGGGGCUCAGCUCCCCCAGCAGCAACGAGGGCAAGCAGCCGGCGGUGCAGGUCCCCGUGUCCGUGGCCAUGAUGUCCCCGCAGAUGAUCACGCCGCAGCAGAUGCAGCAGAUCCUGUCCCCACCCCAGCUCCAGGCCCUCCUGCAGCAGCAGCAGGCAAUAAUGCUGCAACAGCUGCAGGAAUACUACAAGAAGCAGCAGGAGCAGCUUCACCUGCAGCUGUUGACCCAGCAGCAAGCCGGAAAGCAGCAACCCAAAGAGCAGCCGUUGGGGAACAAGCAGCUGGCCUUCCAGCAGCAGCUCCUGCAGAUGCAGCAGCUCCAGCAGCAGCACCUGUUAAACCUGCAGCGCCAGGGCCUGGUGAGCCUCCCGCCGGGGCAGGGCACGGUGCCCCUGCAGACCCUGCCCCAAGCUGUUUGUCCCUCAGACCUCCAGCAGCUCUGGAAGGAGGUCACGGCCACGCAGCCCGUGGAGGACAGCAUUAAGCAGGAAGGUCUUGACCUCACCACCAACACCUCCAACUCUACCUCGUUUUCGGCCGCCAAGGUCUCGCCUCCCAUUUCCCAUCACCCUCUGCCCAAUGGACAGAGCACCAUGCACACGCCGAGAAGGGACAGCUCUUCCCACGAAGAGACCCCCGGCUCCCACCCGCUCUACGGCCACGGAGAGUGCAAGUGGCCUGGCUGCGAAACCCUCUGUGAGGACUUGGGGCAGUUUGUCAAACACCUCAACACAGAACAUGCACUUGAUGACCGAAGCACGGCCCAGUGUCGAGUCCAGAUGCAAGUGGUACAGCAGCUGGAGAUACAGCUGGCCAAGGAGAGCGAGCGUCUCCAAGCCAUGAUGGCUCACCUUCACAUGAGACCUUCAGAGCCCAAGCCUUUCAGCCAGCCUGUAAGCCUGAACCUGGUCUCCAGUGCCACCCUCUCCAAGAGCACUUCUGACACGUUUCCUGACGGUUUACCUCAUCCCCCCACGUCGGCCACGGCGCCCAUCACCCCCCUGCGGCAGGGCCCCUCCGUCAUCAGCUCUUCCACUUUACACAGCGUGGGGCCCAUCCGCAGGAGGAACUCGGAGAAGUUCUGCACCCCAAUCUCUUCAGAGCUUGCACAGAAUCACGAGUUUUACAAAAACGCCGACGUCCGGCCGCCCUUCACGUACGCCUCGCUCAUCCGGCAGGCCAUCCUGGAGACCCCCGACAGGCAGCUAACGUUGAAUGAAAUCUAUAACUGGUUCACGCGGAUGUUCGCCUACUUCCGGAGGAACACGGCCACCUGGAAGAACGCCGUCCGCCACAACCUGAGCCUGCACAAGUGCUUCGUGCGCGUGGAGAACGUCAAGGGCGCCGUGUGGACCGUGGACGAGCACGAGUACCAAAAGAGAAGGCCACCAAAGAUGACAGGGAGUCCCACCUUAGUCAAAAAUAUGAUUUCAGGACUCGGUUAUGGAGCACUUAAUGCAAGUUACCAGGCUGCGCUGGCAGAGAGCAGCUUCCCCCUGCUCAACAGCCCCACCAUGAUCAACACCAGCUCGGCCAGUGCCAUGCUGCACGUGGGCCACGACGACGUCAGCAGCACCGUGGAGCAGGUCAACAGCAACGGCAGCAACAGCCCCCGCCUGUCCCCACAGCAGUACAGCCACCCCGUGCACGUGAAGGAGGAGCCAGCCGAGGCAGAGGACGACAGCAGACCCGUGUCACUGAUGGCCAGCACCAACCAGAAUGUGACGAUCCCCGACGACAGGGACCUGGAGGAGGAGCUGCCGGUGGAAGACUUGUCCUAAGGACUCCUUCCUCCUCCCCCAGCGAGGGGAAAACCCUUCCCACCCUCCUGAACGGAGACCAAGCCACGCUCCCACCUCCCCAAGGUGACCUUGGCGUUAUCCUGGUUCUUUCAAGGCACUUCCACAAAGCAAAAAGGUUUUCCUUGGGACGACAAUGACAAUGACGACACCAACCCGCUGCUGCUGGCGUGUCCCUCACGCUGCCACUGCCCGGGCACGGACUGGCCCCGCCACCUCAGCAGAAGCAAAACCCCAAGAGCUGGACUUUUCCUGCCCUCCUCCCUCGGUUAGUGACUGGUGGACGAGGAUGGCAGGUUGGUUGUUCCUGUCCUCCCUGCAGGGAAGGCACCUCUGUCCCCUGUCCCCCCGCGGUGCCCGGGCCCCGGGGAGCGGUGGAAGCACCCCGCUGUCACCUCUGCGUGCCCCGCUGGGUUCUGCACUAUGGAGGGGUCGUGGGGCCUGCCCACGUGCUGCCUCCACCCAGCUUUGGGGGGAGAAAGAGCAGAAACGGGGCUGAACCCUCUGCUGGAUGUGGGGGUUGGCACGGAGCUGGGAUGGACACGGAGCGGCGCGGUGGUGGGACCGUGUCCCCUUGUCACCUCUGCCUGGCAAGCAGAGUGGCCUCCCGGCUUGCCCACCCUCCCUGAGCCCCAGCUGGUGGGGGGCUGCUGGCCCCAGCAGUGCUGACCAUCCCCAGCAGUGCUGACCAUCAGUGCUGACCAUCAGUGCUGACCACUAGUGCUGACCAUCCCAGCAGUGCUGACCAUCCCAGCAGUGCUGACCAUCCCCAUCAGUGCUGACCACCAGUACUGACCAUCCCAGCAGUGCUGGCAGCAAGGACACAGCUCCCUCCUUCCUGCUGGACAUCGGUGCCACCUCCCAGCCAGCAGGGAUGGCCACUGCUCCCCUGUCACUUCAGGGAAAGGCUCCCUGUGCCUCCCAUUGCACCCCCAAAGCUGGGCCAGGGGCGUGGUGGAGCCAAGGGGUGACAUCCCCACGGCUGAGCACCUGCAGGGGACCUGGGGGUCACCAAAGCUGGCCCUGGAGGAUCCCUGUGGUGGCCAAAUCUGGCUGUGGCCCCCGAGCCAAGCCUGCUGCUGCUGGUGGUGGGGGAGGAAAUUCUGCUUUUCAUCUUUUCUUUUCUUCAUCCUUUUGUUUGCGUCCAGAUGGGAAGAUACCAAAAGAUUUCUUAGAGACAGAAGGUCCGUAGUUCAGGUGAACAGAUGGUAUUCAUGCCAAAAAAAAAAACAAAACACACACACAAAAAAAUUAAUAAUAACGAGAACAACACAACCAAACACCCCUCUUCUCCCUGCUCUUUCUUUCUGGGGUGGUGAUGUGGGUACCCAGUGCCAGGCUCCUCCUGGGAGGCAGCGUGGCAUUCCCAGUGUCCCGUGGUGGCUUUGGGGAGCAUCACCUUCCCUCAGGAGCAUCCCCUACCCUGGGAAUCCUCCCUUUCCUGGGAAUCCUGCCCUUCCUGGGAAUCCUCCCUUCCCUGGCACAGCCAGGCUGGCUCUGGCUGUCCUGGCACCCAGCAGGGCCCUGCGGGAUCUGCUCUGGUGGCCCUGGAGCUGCUCUGCUUUUUAAGGCCAGCUCUGAGCUCUCCAGAGUGACCCCGGGGUCUCCUCCGUCCCUCUCUGUCCCCGUUUUCCUGGGAUGUGACAUUCCCGGGGGGGGUGUGUCACCGUUGGCAUCGCGGGAGCCGCGUUUUGGGCUGGAAAUGCCACACCCAGCGCCAUCAGGGUCACCUGUCCCCGUGUGUCCCCUCUGUGACCCCCCCCGAGGGGCUCCUGGCGCUGUGGGGUGAGCCUGGACCCCCCUCAUCCUUUUAUCCUCUUCCUUGCCCAGCACAUCCUCCAUGCCCAGCGGGCUGGGGGGUCCCUGUGCCACCCCUGUGCCACCCCUGUGCCACCCGUCUGUGCCGGGGGUCUCCGGGCUGCCGGGGGUCUCUCCCGUGCCCGCUCCCGGCCUUUCCCUGCUGCCCCCGAAGCCCCUCUAGGUGUCACCCGCGCCCGCGGCUGCCGGUGCGAGCGCCGGGACAGCGCCGCGCCCGUGGAGCGCGCCCGGAGCAUUCCCGGCGAAUUCCCGGCGAAUUCCCGGCGAAUUCCCGGAGCCGCGACAGUGCUGCGGUCAUGGAGCGUUCCCGGUAAAUUCCCGGAGUAUUCCCGGCAAAUUCCCGGCUCAUUCCCGGCUCAUUCCCGGAGCGGGGACAGCGCUGCGUUCGUGGAGAGUUCCCGGCGAAUUCCCGGGGCAUUCCCGGUUUAUUCCUGGCUCGUUCCCGGAGCAUUCCCCGCUCAUUCCCCGUUAAUUAAUUCCCGGCUCACUCCCCGUGCCCGGCCCCGUCCCGGGCUCUGCCGGGCACCAAAGACCCCCGGGCUGGGGGGCACCAAGCGAGCCCCCCUUUUGCUGCGCACAUCCCAGUCCAAACCAGUCCAAACCAGUAGAUCCCAAUCCAUCCCAGUCCAUCCCAGUCCAUCCCAGUCCAUCCCAAUCCCCCCCGUCCUGCCCAAGGAGCUCCGAGGUGCCGUGGAUUUUCCCCAUCUGCUUUAUUUUUUUCCUUUUUUUUUUUUGUUUGGGGUUUUUUUUCUUUUUUCUGUAUUUCUUUUUUUUUCCUUCCUCUUUUCCUCUUCUCCUUUUUUUCUUCCUUUUUCUUUAUUUCCCUUAUUCCUCUCUUCCUUUUCUAUUUUUUCUUUAUUCCUCUUAUUUUCCUUUUUUCUUUUUGCCCUCAUCUUUCUUUAUUCUCCUUUCCCCAUCUUUCCUUUUUCCAUUUCCUUUUCUCUUUUUAAUUUUUUUUCUUUUCUCUCUUUUUUCUCUUUUUCUUUUUUUUCUUCUUCUCCCUAUUUUUCCCCUUUUCCCUCCAUUUUUCUUUCUGCUUUCCCCUCUUUUUCUUUUUUCCUUUUUUUCCAUUUUUCUUUUUCCCUUUUCUCCCCCAUUUUUUCCUUCUUUUCUUUUCCCCCCUUUGUUCCCCCACUCUUUAAUUUAAGUCGGAACAAGUUUCCAGCUGCCAUGGGGCUUUUAUCACCCUUUGCUGCUUUCUUUAUUCCCGGGAAGGAGCAGGAAGGGCCGAACCUUCCAGACUUUGGGCUGCUGGGCCACCCCUCACCCUCCACAGGGAACCUCUGCCCCAUCCAAGCUUUUGGGAUUUGGGGAAUUCCCGUCCCUCUUUGCCAGCCCCUUCACUGAUUUUGGGGUUUUUUCUGGUUUUGUUUUUUUUGUUUGUUUGUUUGUUUGUUUUUGUUUUGUUUUGGGGUUUUUUUGGGGUUUUUUUGGGGUGGUUUUUUUUUGGUUGGUUUUUUUUUGUUUUGUUUUUUGGGGUUUUUUUCCCCAUUCCUCCUUUUCCUUCACCUUCCUCCUCUCCUUUUUUUUUUUUCCCCCCACCUCCUCGGGGUGUGAUUAUUUUUUUCAACUUUUCCAGAGGUACAACCACCCCCAAAAUCCAUCCCAAGGCCUGCAGAUCCCCACGGAUUCAUCCAGAAUCCCCCUGCACCACCAUCCCCCCCAAACCCCCGAGCUCCUUCCCCUCUGCUCCGAGAAUUCCCGACGCUCCUUGGCCCCACCCGAGAGCACUCCCUCUAUAUUAUAUACAUAAAAAUAAAUAUAUCCAUAUAAUUUUUAUUUUUUUCCCCUUGAAACACAAUGCACAGGUUUGGAAAAGUGGCUCCAGGUGAUGCCUUUCCCCCCCCUUCCCCGGGAAUUCCACGAUUCCAAAGGGAAACGUGCCUGGUUUGAAACUCAGGGGUAAAUUGAAUUCCUUCUCGUAGCCCCACCCAGCCUCUGCAGGCUCCCACCUGAGCCCAGGUACGGCGUGGCCCCUCCUGCCUCGCUGCCUCCUCCCUUCCCACCCCUCUGCUUCGCUUCUGGUUGGAAUUUUCCGGAAUUCUGCGAGUUUUACCUCAAAUGCUGCGGGAGGGAGGGAGGCUCAAGGACCAAACACGUGGCAGAAUUGUGUGUCUGUAUAUAUUGAGAUAGAGAUAUUCUGGCUUUCGACCCACCAACACAAAUUGGUCUUUUUUUGGGGAGGGGUUUAUUCUGUAUUUUUGUGAUUUAUUUCUUGUUUCUCUCCACCCUUGGGGCACUUCUGUGAGGGGCAGCUGAGGGCACCUCCCUGGACCUAAAGGCAUUUUUCUGGUAUCUCCCACUGAAGGAAUUACAUUUCCAUGGUUUUAUUUUUAAUUUUAUUUUAUUAAUUCCUCAAUGAUUUCUUCUCCCCAACCCUGGGGAAGGGGGUAGGUCAGAACCCAGUGCUGGCAGGGGGAGAGGAGCAGCAGCUGAACCUGCACCAAACCAAAGGGUUUCUUUGCUUUGUUUACACCCCUGGCCAACCUCACGCCCCGCAGCAUCUCCCUGGAUCUAGGUUUUUGUCCUGGAAGCGUUGGGGAAGGUCGGGACAGCCCAGAGCCGGGGGCUGGGGGGGAUGGAGCCGCGACAGAUUGGGGACAUCCCCCGCCGGGAAGCGCCAGCCCACCACGACCUUUUUUUCCUUUUUUUUUUUAAUUUUUUUUUUUUUGUUUUUUCCCCAUUUUAUUCCCAUCCUGCGCGGCGCUGGGCGGGAAGGUGAUGCUGGGGAGGUGGGGUGAGCUCCGGGCGGGCGGAUGUGUAAAAAACAAACAAAAAAUGCCCCCAAACCUCCGUCCCCGGCUGCCUCUGCCCCUCCCCGUGCUGUGUAAAGGAAAUCGCCUGGCUGUGUAUUUGUACUCCGAGCUCCGUGUGUCUGCGUGGGCAGACGGUAAACCCUUGUACAGUAGGUCUAGCUGCAUGUAAUCUGUAUGGACAACGGCAUUAUAAAAUGCAAUAAAAGAAA